GAGAAAUGCAGUCGCGCGUUGUUUUGAACUGUGAUGCCAUUAUAUUUAUUCUAAUUGAACUCAAUCAGUCCUUGUACUCACCCUUCAAGGUAAAAAAAGUAUCUUUCUGGUAUUCCAUGCCGAGUCUGAAGACGUACAAUGCACCCUGCCAGCAACGAAAGACACAUUGACCUCACCAGCAAUGUUUCAGAGGUGCUCCAGUCACGUUCGGAGGAUGCCGAAGAGAUGCUGUGGCAGUUGGGGUUCGGCUGCGAUGACCCGCAGCUGACUGUGCGCAUUCCCCCUCGCUUCCUCUCCUUCCCCUCUCAAGUUCGUGGAAUCAACUUCCGCCUCUUCCUGGAGUCGCAGGUCCGACGGAUACGCGAGGAGGACCCCAGCCUGUGUAUAGCAAGUAAGAGCCUGAGAAAAUUCAUCCAAUAG